AUGUUUGGCCGCUACUCUUCCUCGUCCUCGCCAACACCACCCGCCGCAAAGUCACCCUCCUCCUCCUCCUUCUCCUUUUCGACCCCACCACCGCUCUCCUCUGGCGCGACGUUGACCUCUUCGGGCGCCGUCCCACCGCGCGCCGCGCCCGUUGACCCGUUCCCGAGCAUUGGUUCAAGACCCAGCGAUGUCCUCGUCGCGAGGUGUCACGAGAUCAAGAGAAUUAGCAAGAUGCUCGUCGCCUACUUCGAAGGUGAGCUCCACGACGUUUGAAGACUCGGGCGGGCCUGAUCAGCUUGCUCAGACGAACGACGGUAUGCAUCGGCCGUUGCCCACGCGACGGUCGUGCGCACCACCCACCAUCUCCGAGAAUCGGCCUGUCGAAUCCUUUGCGGAGAACCCGCGAACUAUUCGCAGUUGGAGAUAUCAAAAAAGACCAACGUGACCUGCGAGCGAGUACUCACCCCGUUCUCAUUAUUUAUUUGGCCCAUCACAGGUCUUUCCGUCGCCCAUCAAUCCCACUCGGCAACGCUGCUCAAGCUCUCCGACCCCAAACUGAUCCAAACGCCCUUGGCCGAAUCGACGCUCUUCAUCCCCGCCGCGUCAGCGACCUCAAGCUCGCUCAACUCGUCCACGUCGGGAGGCAACACUCCGAUAGGAGGUGCCGGAGGUGGAUGGGCCGAUCUACUGCAGCAGACCAAGGAGACGAACACUUUGGUCGCCGAGGAACAUGCCGCAUUGGCCAAGAACCUGAACAAGAACGUUGUCAUCCCUUUGAAGAAGAUCGUCAGUAUUUUCUCAUUCAUCAGGUUUUCGAUACACGGGGAGCUCGGCUGAUAUGCGACUGGACCUCAUGCGCGGACGACAGAGGCCGGAUAUGAAGAGCCACAUUGCAGCUUUGGAGAAGGAGGUGAACAAACUGAUCGAGGCCGUGAUCAAAGAAAGGUGAGCCACUUGCGACUUUGCCACCGCACAUGAUCCGCCCCUCACGAAACGUCUGGGUUCGGGACUCUGUAGGGAAUCCUCGACGACAAUCCUCACAUCACUAUCGACAGCCAUCACCUCGGCUGGUCUACCCCUUUCGAUGAAUGCUUCGGACCCUUCCCAAGACCCUGUCAUCCUCAAAGCAGCCGCAGCGACGCAGAUCAAACAGCAAGUCAUCAAGGAGAACGAACUCUUGGCCGCUGUGUUGAGUUGGACCGAAAAGACCGAAGCCAAGGAGAAGGACGUUUGGAGAGAAAUCAAUCGGUGUUGGUCGAUUUGGGAAACAGCAAAGUAAGCCGAGAAUGUCUUCGACGAGCUUGACCUAUGAGGCCGACUAACGAACCGUCUGCCCCCUGACUCUGCCAGCUCUAACCUGCUGUUGACGAACCAGCAACGAUCAAUGAUGCUCUCUGCUGGUGUGGACGGUGUUGCACCCGAGGUGAGUCCUUGCCGGUCGAGUACCACAGCCGAAAUACAGUCCGGCUGAUCAAGAGUCCGGCGACCAGACGGAAUGGAACUACUUCCAACGUUCCAACUUCACCAUCCCACCGGAAACGCCCUUACGUUCGCCCGACGAAGUCACCUACGUCGGACGGGACGAUGCCUUGACCGAGCUCGUCAAAGAAGGGCUACUGGAUCGUCAAUCACGAAUCCUCAAAUCGUGGAAACCUUCCUUCUACAUCCUAACCCCUUCCGGCAACCUGCACUCAUACGCCAACUCGGGAGCGAACUUUGCUUCUCCCGUCAAUUCGAUGAACCUGACGCUGUGCAGUUUAGGCCCGAUGCCAAUCCCGGAUGUUCCGACCAAAGGGAAGGCUCUGGAGGCGCUGUUCACGGUUCAGGAUGGGGAGGGGACGAAGCAUGUGUUCAGAGCCAAGAGUUGGGAAGAGCUAAACGCGUGGUGGGUUGAGUUGGAAAAGGUGAGUCAUUUUUGGCCGUCGAUUUGGUCUCAUCGUUGGCAUCCGACACCUUCCCUUGCUUUUCUCACAGUUCACCAAGCCCCUUUCAUCACCUUCCUUGGCCACCUUUGCACGAGAUUCCGGCUCGAUUGCAGGGACUCCAACCGAACCCAGCGGGACAACACCCUUCUCCAACGCCGAACAAGACGUCCUCGAAGCGAUGGAGGAAGAACAUCCCGCCGAGGGCGAACCCGACGGUAGCGAUCGCCACAACGACGACGAUCCCGAUUCCGACGUCAGUCUCGAUCAUGAUACCGGGGACUUGGGCUCACCUAGUCCGAGUACACCGAGGAAGAAGUCACUUGCUUUCGGUGCGACGGGGGUGGAUCCUACGUUGUCCCCCCUAGCGAAUGGGAAUGGGGCGAACGGAGUCGCGUCGACGACUACGCCGACGAAACCCAAGAGGAAGAGUAUACCCAAAUUGAUGGAUGACGAGGGGGAAGAUGGUGGGGAUCUAGGCACCGAUAUCAGUGCCGCACUCCAAGCCGUCGGAUUAUCGAAUGGCUCUUCUUCAAAGGCCUCGGGCGAACCGAGUGAAGAAGGUGCCUUGGAUAUCCCGAGCAGCCCUCAUCAAGGCCCCCCCAUUCUGACAGAGAGCGUGGAGAGUCCGAACUAG